UAUUCUUCAUCUAUUCUACUAAUUGUGUCAAUGGCAAUUGUGAGCUUCGGAGUUGAAGUAAAUUUCAUACAUGAAUGGAAAUACGCUGACUUUGAAUGGGAAAGUCAAGAGCAGAAGCAGGCAGCGAUAAAUUCCGGCACUUACAAUCCAUUAAUGUGCGUGUUCGAAGAUGCAAGUAAAGCGGAUGAUGGUAGACUAUUCAUUACUAUUACUAAUGUAUACGGCCCUGGCUCACCUGCUUCUUUGACGACAGUAACUAAUAAAAUAGGUUCAGGUGGUCCACUUUUACGGCCAUAUCCAAAUUGGAGCUGGUAUGAUAACAAAAACAUAUGUGACGGUAUUGUAAAUGUUUACCGUACGGAUAUUCAUUGCAAUCACAUAAUUAUUCUGGAUAAUGGCAAAAUCGGGCAAUAUGACCAAGUCUGUAAUCCAAAACUAGUGAUUUUUGAUUUAAAAGAUGAUACGCUUGUUAAAACUAUUUACCUCCCACUUGAUUUUGCAACUAACCGAACAGGUUUUGGAUUAUUGACAACGCCUUUGAUUUAUGUUUCCGGAGAAUGCAAGCAGUUUCUGUAUAAAAUGAUUGUAUUUAUCACUGAUACGAAAGGAUCCGGUUUAGUGAUGUAUGACUCAUCUACAAAGCGUAUGUGCAGAAUUGAAUCUGAUUAUAUGAAACCGACUGAUAUUUUUUUCUCUGUAGCAAAUCAAAAUUUUACUUAUGAGGGCGGAAUCUUCAGUAUAACAAUCCUUGAUGAUGAACUUUAUUAUGUUCCCAUAUCGGGAAAAGUAAUAUAUAAGAUAAAAAUAAAGACACUACUAGAAUGUCCAAACAAAGAAGAGACUAAUAAACAAAAUAAACUAGUGACUAAAUUAUCAAGCCAAACAGCAGUUAUUACAUCAUCAGAAAAUUCAAUAUUUUAUAGUGAUUACAAGGCAAUGUCUAUUCUAGGCAUGAACAUUCUUAAUAAGUCCAGUAAAAAUGCGGUGGAACUAGCACAAGACGACGAAAAAUUUCAAGUUAUAAGUUCGAUGAAAGUUUCAAGUUAUUGGAAUCAAAUGACAUGUAUAUCAAAUAGAUAUCAACAUUUUGCUUUGCAUACAUUAAAUCUAGGUGAUACAAACUUCCGCUAUUUUGAAAUGAAUGUAUCAGAAAUAAAAAAAAAGAUGAAUUAACAA